GUGCAAAUUCUCAAAGCGCACUGUUCUUACACCAUUCAUGUUGAGUUACGUGGCUAGCCGCGUUUUCAGUGACACAAGAAAAAGCAAGCUUAAAGGAAAGGGGAAAGGAGGAUCAUGGGGAGAAGAGAAAGAGGAGGGCGGCAUGGAAGAAGAGAUGAUGGAGGCACAGAAGAGGAGUUUGAGGAUCGAGGAUUCGGGGCAGGUCUUCUCCCUCAUCUUCUCCCACUGCCAUUUGGGGUGAUGAUUGUCAUUGCAAAUCUUAUUGGGCUGUAAUUGCGAGUCCCAUUCCUCCAAUGACCUGGCGACAUCGGUGAAAAAUGAGAUACGAUCCCACUGGCCACAUCAGCCACGGUGCGAGAUGACCCGAGACUGAAAUUAAUUGGAUAGAGAAGUUCCUGAGCAAGAAAGAGGGGUGACGGAGGAGAAGGUGGAGAGGGUAAUACGUGCCAUGUUAAGUAUUUUAGAAUAUUUUUUACAAAAUUUUAACUUAGUAACUAUUUUGUUUUCAUUUUAGUGUUUGAAUUGGAACAAACGAAGCUCAAACCCAAAGUUGCUGUUGCGUGUUUGGUUGUUUCGAUUUGGGUUUAGCACUGUCUUUAUGGUUAGUGUGAAUAAUUGUACUCUUUCUGA